GCGGCAGGCCGCGCGGACGUAAGGCCACGCCGCCCACUUGCCGCGAUAUCUGAACCGCAUUUCUUACGGACGUUUAUUUUGCUUGCCGAGUUCGAGUUGCGAGUGUAUAUUUGAAUAAUACCCCAUUAUUGCCGUCAACGGCGCCAAAGUUUUGUUACUAUUAAACUAAAUGACGAUCGCUUGAUCGUAAGUGAAUGCGUUUGUGAUUUAUUCAAUGUACAAAGUUUAUUUUCGUCGCUUCAACCGUGUAUGUGUAUUUAUAAUUCCAAACAUAGCCAAAUAUUAGAGUUAAAGUUUAGUUCCCCGCAUUAGACUAUAUCCUUCGGUCCAAUCAAGUGACUUAUAAGUAACUGCUGAUAUCAAAUCUCCAUAUCCUAGUUAUUGUAAAUAUAUUUUGUAAGAGUGUAUCUGGUUCGAGGACCAAAGUUCUGGAUGUACUUAGAAGUUUAAGUGUAGUGCUUUGUGUAUAUAACAUAUUUGUAACGCGAACAUAUCUAUGCAGUGAGUCUGAACUCCUGACUAAGUAAACUACAACAACGAAGACUAAUUGAUAUUGAUUUUUCACAUACCAACACAAGAUUAUUGAAGUAAUUUCGAAAGGAGUACCUGUACCAAGUAAAACAAAAUAAAAAUGUCGGCGCCUACAACAGACAGUACCGAAGCUAUCACCAACUCCGGCUACGGCAGCAGCGAUGAGACUGCUAGUCUACUCGUCACCGGUCCAGCAGUCACCGUCAUCGUCCCAGCAGAAAACAGAACAGUCAAACCAGUUCUGCAAAGACAAGACUGCACCACACACCUUCGCCCACAACUAUCCGGCGGACCAGGCAGCGAGGAAAGUGCCACAUCCAUUAGAAUGGAAGAGAGCACCGCAAGAAGUGUCCCAGAUAUUGAGUUACAGUGCCGAGAGCCGGCAGACCGACCUCAGACACUCGUGUCCCCCGUAGCGACGUGCUCGCACAGAGGGUCAGUGACCACGUGUCAAUUAGUUCCACAAACGUACUCGAGAUGUCGCGUGUGCGAGCGGCGGCAGUCGACGGCACCAAUAUCAGCCUUACAACUAGCGCGCUCUGUGUCGCGAGAGAGCGUUCGCUCGGCGGUACACUACCCUUGUGGGUGCAGUUCGCUCCACGCCGUCAGUACGUGCCCCGUCAUACAACCCCCAGCCUUACUGUUGCCUACAACUAGUACGAGGAUUAUCCGCCAGAGCUCGCAGCCCGAGUCUAGCGCAUGCGCGGCGCACUGCCCUCAUCACGCUCACCACCACCCCAGCGCCUCCCUGCGGCAGUUGCGAGAACCCGGCGAUGGCAUCGCUGGGAUUGCCGCGGACUCGCUGCGAAUCAACGGGGGUAUGCGCCCUUUCAAACAGCUGCGGAAGCCGGUGUCGACGCUCUCGAUCCCGGGCGCGAUGAAGGCGUACUCGGGGGGCGGGAGGGACGCGGGAGGAGAGGAAGCGGGCGUCGCACUAGUCGGCGUGCACAGCGAGUACCCGCGCUUCGGCGAAGAACGGGCGCUUGGCGGCGGCACGUACAAAGGCGGGGGAACGGCGAAGCACAAACCCAAUAUAGGAUAUAGGUUAGGUAGAAGAAAGGCGUUAUUCGAAAAAAGGAAACGGAUAAGUGACUACGCUUUAGUAAUGGGAAUGUUUGGUAUAAUAAUUAUGGUUAUAGAAAAUGAACUUUCAAGUGCUGGUGUAUAUACUAAGGCGUCAAUAUAUUCGCAGGCGUUGAAGACGCUUAUAUCAAUGUCGACUGUGAUUUUACUUGGCCUAAUCGUCGCGUAUCACGCUUUAGAAGUACAGUUAUUUAUGAUAGACAACUGCGCUGACGACUGGCGGAUAGCAAUGACGUGGCAGCGGAUAGCACAAAUCGGCCUCGAGCUAGCUAUCUGUGCCGUGCAUCCUAUCCCCGGACAAUAUACCUUUACUUGGACCACUAAGCUCGCCAACAAAGGAGGAGUUAUAGGCGUUGAAGUAGGCACGAUGUAUAAGCAAAUUCAGGUUCCUUAUGACGUCACACUGUCUUUGCCGAUGUUCUUUCGACUCUAUUUAAUAUGCAGGGUCAUGUUGCUUCACAGUAAAUUAUUCACUGAUGCUUCAUCAAGAAGUAUAGGAGCUUUAAACAGAAUUAAUUUUAACACUAGAUUUGUCUUGAAGACACUAAUGACAAUUUGUCCAGGCACGGUGUUACUAGUUUUUAUGGUAUCUCUAUGGAUAAUCGCGAGCUGGACGCUUCGCCAGUGCGAAAGGUUUCACGACGAAGAACACGCUAACCUACUGAAUGCGAUGUGGCUUAUUGCGAUUACGUUUCUCUCCGUCGGUUUUGGUGACAUAGUGCCAAACACAUAUUGCGGCAGAGGUAUUGCUGUUAGCACCGGCAUUAUGGGGGCGGGAUGUACAGCAUUAUUAGUGACCGUUGCUUCGAGAAAAUUAGAGUUAACUAGAGCGGAGAAACAUGUCCAUAACUUCAUGAUGGAAACCCAGCUAACGAAAAAGCUGAAAAAUGCAGCUGCCAACGUGCUUCGGGAGACGUGGUUAAUAUACAAACACACGAGGCUUGUCAAACGAGUCCAUCCUGGAAGAGUGAGAACACAUCAAAGAAAGUUUUUGUUAGCUAUUUACGCGUUACGGAAAGUGAAGAUGGAUCAAAGAAAGUUAAUGGACAACGCGAACACAAUAACAGAUAUGGCAAAGACCCAGAACACAGUCUAUGAGAUUGUUUCGGACAUGAGCACGAGACAAGACACCAUAGAAGAGAGGCUGACUAGUUUAGAAGAAAAACUUACUUCAUUACAGGAACAAGUAAAUAAUUUACCAGACGUCAUGGCUCGGUGCUUGCAGCAGUGUUGGGAACGGGCGGAGCAGAGAAGAAACUUCCUGCAUCCUGACACUGCUGCAGUACCUACUCCGCCUUCAUCUACUAUUACGCCUUAUACUAGGACGCUAGCAACAGCGUCACACCCGUGGCCACCCAGCCCGGUGCUGCAGCCGGCGGGGCGCACGCACUCGGCUCCCGAGAGCACGACCACGCACUCGCCUUCACCAGCGCAGCCGCAGCCCUCGAGCCCCGCCCCACACGCGACUCGGCCCCCUCUACCCAGCUGAGUACCGCCUUCCAACUCCGAACUCCUGUGCUGAACUCGACGAAACUCGGCGCCCGUCCUCUGACCCCCCCUUCACGACUACGCCCGAAAGAGGUGGCCGGGGAAGUUGUUUUACUACGGAAGACAGAGAUUUGAAGAUACUAGUUCAAUGAACGCUUUGCACGAAACAUGUUGAGUUUUUCGGUUAUCAAGCCACGAAACUCAAGUUUGCUGUCGUUUAAUUACUAACGCUCACUGUACAGCACGCAACACAAAAAUGGAAAUAAAUCGAACAAAAUUUUCUUAUAUCCAUUUUACUCUCACGUUUAUUUUAUAAAUUUGCAAAUCAAAACGAACAAUUACCAUGUGAAGAUUUGUAUUUUUAUACUGACACAAACUGUACUCGUUUAUUGAAACUAUUUUCGACAUCUUUAUCUUGCGUUGGGUGAUGAACGGAAUAAAGUGAAACGAUUUUCUCGGCAUGCCAAUGGACCACGCCGCGGUGCGAUACAAGGUCAGCCGUAGUUUUCUUCGCUGUUCCCCAAAGUUUCGGAUGUGCCAGACUGUUUUCUAGUGAUAUUGUUUAGAUAGUGAAAAGAAAUGAGGCGGUACGGACUUGCUGUUGUGAUUAUACAAAUGCUUUAUCGAUAGACGCUUUAGCUAAUUACGUUAGACGAUAUUUUGAAUACAUUAUCAGCAUUAGUAUAGGUAGUUAUUACCUACACGUUCACGUUUUAUCUGAUGUUCAUGGAACCAAUAACACUGUUUUAUAUGCUGAGUGUGUUUUUACUAAGGUUUUUGUGAUCGCCACCAAUAUUACGGCAUUGAGAAGUCUUUGGAAACGAAUUUAUGAGUACCUAGUCACUUUCAUAGAUUUCUUAAUGUACAGACACCAUAGCAGUAAAGUUAUAAUAAUAGUGACUAAAUAAAUAAUAGUUAACACAUAGAUUUGCAUUUAUUUCAUGCAGUUAUUAAGUAAACUGACUGCAUUGCAUAGGCAUUUACUGUAAAGUACACUUAGCGGUCACUAUAGAUUGGUUUCGGUUCCUUGUGUAAGUAUUUGCCAUUAUAUGGACAGAAACACAAUUUGGAAUAACUAUAUCACAGUGACAGAUUUAGCUAUGAAAUAUAAACUAUACAUGUAUAACUCCAUCUACUUUAGAAUUGUUAAUGUCAUCUUCGAUAGUAUUCGAAUAGUAAUUGAAAUAUAUUUUAUACAAACUUAUGAAUACGAUGAUCUGACCACUUUAUUUGUAAUAUAUUUUAAAUAUUUAAGGACUCCAUAAAACUAAGUUUUAUUGAGAUUUGCAAUUAGGGAACUGAGUUUUAUAGAGACAUCGAAACAAAAUUUAAUAAUAAAUGUUCAGGUCAGAUUAUGGCCACGUAUGACGUGGUGUAGCAUAAGCUAAGUGUGUUUCUAUUGGAUUGUUCGAAAACUAUCGAAGCGAGAUAAUUGCACAUAUUCUAAGAGAAACCUGUAUACACAGUUUUAGAUAUAUGAUUAGGUAAAUUGAAUUGUUACUACCUGCCUAUUGACAUGUAGAUUGUAAACAUUUUUUUCUAAGAAUUAGACUAAGUAAAGCUUUGUAUAAGACAUAAGAUUGAUGGCUGUCUAAAUAGUGCCUAAAACACUACGAAAUUUCGAUAAUUCAGUUUUAUUAUCUUAAUAUAUUAUGAAUGUAAAUAGGUAAUCUAAAAUUUGAGAGCAUAAUAUUUAGUAAAUAUCUGAAUUUUGUAGCUGUACGAGUUGUAUGAUGGGAUCAAUUUGUUUGUACAUUUUAGUUUUAAAUGUUCCCUUCUUUGUUGUUGAUUGGUUAUUUUAUUUGAAAGACUAAUGAAAAAUCGGAUUUUGCAUUGAACAUAAGCAUCAAAACCAGUUGUACUGUCAUCACGGACUUUGCUCAAACAAAUCAGCACUGAUUUUUCAGAAAUCAAAAUCAAUUUAAAUAAAAUAGAUAGAUUGGCAUUACAUAAUUGACCUACAUGCAUAGAAUAGACCAAUGUGUUAAUAAAAUAGAAAUAGAUAGAUCUAAAAUAGACUUAUUAGCCUAUCUACAUAAGACAUAAAUCUAUAAAAUCAGGAAUUCAGGAUAUUUUAACACCAAGUAAUAUGAUGUCCAUAAAAAAUAUAUAUAAUAUUGAGAAAAAUUUUUUUACUAGUUGGCUAUGCAAUUUAUCACCAAAUUAUUCUUAAAUUUUGUAAAGACGGAAGAAAAUUCUAAAAUAUUAAUUAGCUUAAAAUAAACUUAUCAUAAGUUGUUACAAUUGCACUCGCCUUAUAAAUAUUAUAAUGUUUUCUGCCAAUUAUUCAUUUAGAGGCACGGUAGAGUCUCAGCCAAGUUAGCAAAGCUAAUUAAAUAGUCGACAUGACACGUUCAUUAUGCUGUUUUUUUAUUUACCAACUUCAAGCAGUUCUACCUAUAAGAAAAUCUUGAAGUCAUCAGUAUUUAAAAUAUGUAAUUAAAAUACACAUUAUCCAUCAUCUGAAUAAAUAAGAACUGAUUUAAUUUUGCCCUAUGUUUGACUAUGUAUUUUCUUUAUACGACUUUCUUCUGUUAUGUUACAAUUACUGUAAUUAGGUAGGAUAAUGAAUAAUCCUCUAAUUUAAUUGUUCGUAAUAUUAUACAAAAAACACCAACUAGUAUAUUUAGAUAUACGACAGAAUUAGUGUAGAAAUUAAAAAAUAUUUCCUGCAUUAUAUUUAUUAUUAAAUUAAUAUCUUACCCCUCUUAUUAAAAAUUUUCCUAAAAAUUUUCAUAAACAGUGUUUUAAAAAAAUACUUUCUAUAUUCCCUAGUGUUUGUAACUACCUCGACAUUUUUACACGUCAUAAUUACCUACAGUUUAACUAGUAACUGCCACUUUAGGUGUUUUGCUUUCAAUUUCUUUACUUAAAUCAUUAGAAAUUCUUUCUCAUGUCCUGUCCCCACCGUUAUCAAAUAUUAUCAAUAUUUUGUUUUGACUUUUCUCUGGUUUUCCAGUCUUACUUUGACCACGACAAUCUUUGAAAUCCAAAACGCACAAUAUAAAUAAUACAAAAGUGGCAUUUUAGUAAAACUAGGUAUUUACAUUAUCGGUCUUUACCUAACAGUAGCCUAAUAAAUUGUCCCCAUUAUGAAGAAUUUUGAAGAGUCUAGUCAUUAAGAUUAAUUGCUUUAUAGUCUGUUUUGUCUAGGACAGUUAUUCACAAAAGUGUUUGUACUCGUACUAUUUAUAUUUUAUCAAUUGAACUCUUAUUCCUAUCAACUAGAAUAUAAUUUAUACCUUUCAAUGAUAUUUAAAAGUAUAAUUAUACCUAUCGAACACUUUUGCGAGUGAGUCCCAAUUUUAACUAAAUUUCAAAGUAAAAAAAAAAACUAUUUAUUUAUAAAUAAGAAUUGACCAAAAUGUUGUUUAAGAAACGUAGAAUUUGUAAAUAAUAAGCGAAAAAUCAGUAAGACAUUAUGUAUAAAGUAAUAAUGUAAAUACCAGUUGUAUUUGCGAAUUUUAAUGUAAAUAAAGUAAAAAAUAAUAAAAGUACGGUUCCAGUAAAAUUAUUUUUAAAUAAUACGUUCAAUUGUAUAAUGAAAUUUUAAGUUGUAUGCCAACGGAAUGUUCUAUGCGGUGCGUAAACAAAAGAUAUGAAACUUUUGUGAUCAUUGUUGAAGAAAUGAAAGUGUAACUUCGAUUAUAUGAGCUGUAGUAUUUUUUAAA